AGAACUCAUUAAAUAGAAUAACAUGGAAGGCGUGUUGGCUCUAUUGAGAGAUCCACUGAGAUUGAGCUACUUACCAGAGUUGAUGAAGAUUGAAAAUAACCAAAAUGACUAUUUCAAGAAUGUUACUGAUCAGGAAAUGAAUACCUUGGAGUUGUUUUGUUUUGGUACUUUUGAGGAUUAUUUCAAGUACAAACUGAGCUACUUAGAUAUACCAAGUGACAGAGAGUUAUUGUUGAAGCUUUUGAGGUUGACAGUGAUUUCAGUUUCUAACGACUACGAGAAGUUUGUAUUGAACAUCGAACAACUUUUAGAGAACAAAGAGUACGGAUUGGCAGGUGGACUAGAGCUUUUGAAACUAAGUGAUAACAGUGGAGACAUAGAAAAUGAACUUCUAUUUGAGGAGGUGUUGAUUUCGAUGGUUGACGAUGGGAUUUUGCUGGCAAAAGUCGACGACGAAAACAGAACCAUACAUAUUGUUAAAGCUCAUGUAUUGAGAGAUUCGUACUCUCCAGCAUUGCACUCGUUAUUGGUGCUAACGGAACAAGAUGUAGCAAAAAGAAGUGUAGCCAUAGCGGCUGAAACACUUUCGGAAUGGUAUAGUACAAAACUUGUUCCAUUGAGACAGGAGUACGAGGUAAUAGAGGUCGAUGAUAUCACAUUGGUCGUUCCGAAUGAGGAAUUGGAUUGCACAAAUACUCGGAAACGAAAGACACCAGACCAGACAACAUAGGAUAUGCGGUGAAAUUAUAGACAUGGAUAUCAAAAUUAAGUAAGAUAUGGUAGAUAGAACAGUACAUAUUAUCACAAAAGAAACAUU